AUGCAUAAACCACCGAUUGCGGAAGCCGUACACAAGGCUCUCUUUCCACGACCAAGAUCAAAUGACCCGCAGUCUUUUUCCGCCCACAUCACACGCAAUCUGGUCCCCGAAGUUCGAUUGGAGACUUCCAUGUUUUACGGCUCUCUAGACUGUAUUGAAGCACAGUACCCGGGUCUUGACUAUUCCUACGCCCCGCAUCGAAUGAGAUUGAGUCGUUUUCCAUUUCAUCACAAACUGUUUCGAGUAUUCGAUGAAUUGGGUCUCACUGAGGCCGAAAUUGCUUCGCUAUGUCGUUGGGAGGGUACGAAAUCUGCGCGGGAACGGUACGAGAAGGAAGAAGGCGUCAAAGUCCGCGACACUACCGCUGAUACGGUCCGUCUUGCCACCCCUCCGCCUCCUCCUUCGGCACGAUUCUCUUCAGAGGACCGGACACAGUCAUCCGCAAGGGAAUCUUCCACACUGAAUGGAAAUGUCGUCAAUGACCUGCUUCCGAUGAUUACGACCCAUCCAGACGAAGAAGAGGAAGAGGAGGAAUCGAGCGACGAAGAAAUAGAGAGCUACGGCCUGCAACUAAACCAGCGUCUCUUGUAUGCAACAGCUGCUCGGGAACGUGGUGCCAACGUUCCUUUAGAUGAACAGUGGGAACAGUGGCUCAAAGAAGCUGUUGAACGAGGCAACUAUUCGGACAUGCUCAACGCGAUUCGCACAGGUCAGCCGUUGGGGGACACGUUCAGCAACCCUUCCUCUCCCAUACCCCCAAGCAAUACGGCCUUGUUAAGCCAACUUGCGCUCUCUGCCCGACAAUCUGUGAACAUGGCAGUGGCACAUUCCAACCAACCACUAAGCCAUUCAUCAAAUAACACAUCUGGGACCGCACGAUGA